UUCCAAAUCAAAAUUGUAUUUGGUGUUGAAAGUGGAGAAGGGACUCCCCCGCUUGCUGGAUCGAGUUGGUUUGGUCCUACAUGGCGUAAAGUUUCCUUCCGUGUACAGCACAGUGUCAGACUGACACAAAGAGGGAAGACGAAGACUGUCAAAAUGACAGACAUGGAAGCUGAUACCGCCACACACACGGAGGCCCUGGUGGAUGAAGAGGAGCCUCUUUUCAGCAACCUGGACCUCUUCCUCUUCUCCCUCAUUGCUGGCCUGGUCAUUUAUUGGUUCAUGUCCCGCAAGAAGCCUGAGCCCAUCCCUGAAUUCAAGAAGCUUGACACACCAGCACCUACCACAAGAGAGACAAGUUUCAUAGAAAAAAUGAAGAAAACUAGCAAGAACAUCAUUGUAUUCUACGGCUCUCAGACGGGUACAGGAGAGGAGUUUGCCAACAGGCUUUCCAAAGACGCUCAGCGCUACGGCAUGAAAGGAAUGGCUGCUGAUCCAGAAGAGUAUGACAUGGGGGAACUGUCUCGUCUAUCGGAGAUUCCAAACUCCCUUGCCAUUUUCUGCAUGGCCACGUACGGUGAAGGAGACCCCACCGAUAAUGCCCAGGACUUCUACGACUGGCUGCAAGAAAAUGACGAUGAAGACCUCUCUGGACUAAACUACACAGUAUUUGCUUUGGGCAACAAGACAUAUGAACACUACAAUGCGAUGGGAAAAUAUGUUGAUAAAAGGCUGGAGGAACUCGGAGCCAAGCGCAUCUUUGACCUGGGCAUGGGAGAUGAUGAUGGAAAUCUGGAAGAAGACUUCAUAUCAUGGAGGGAGCAGUUCUGGCCGGCAGUCUGUGAGCACUUUGGAGUGGAAGCUUUAGGAGACGAAUCCAGCAUACGACAGUACGAGCUAAAGGAGCACACCGACAUUAACAUGAACAAAGUGUACUCGGGGGAGAUUGGUCGUCUGAAGAGUUUUGAGGUCCAAAAGCCACCCUUUGAUUCCAAAAACCCUUUCCUGUCCCACGUAUCCGUCAACCGCAAACUCAACAAAGCAGGUGAUAGAUAUCUUAUGCACCUGGAAUUAGACAUAACUGGCUCCAAGAUUAGAUACGAGUCAGGAGACCACGUUGCUGUUUUCCCUACACAUUCAUCGUUAUUGCUCUAAAUUGGCUAUAGUGUUAUUAAACUUUGAUACACAUUUGUUGAUCUAACUCCCCCCCCCCCCCCCCCAAAAUCACUGUUGAUUUUUUCAGAGGAGUCCAACAAGAAGCAUCCUUUCCCCUGCCCCACCACCUACCGCACUGCCCUCACUCACUACCUGGACAUCACACACCCUCCUCGCACCAAUGUCCUGUAUGAGCUGGCACAAUACGCCUCCGACCCUAAAGAACAGGAGAAUAUGCGCAAGAUGGCUUCCUCCUCACCUGAGGGAAAGGCCCUCUACCAGAGUUGGGUGUUGGAUUCUUGUAGAAACAUCCUCGCUGUCCUGGAGGACUUUUCGUCAUUGAAACCUCCCAUUGACCACCUGUGUGAGCUGCUCCCCCGCCUCCAAGCUCGCUACUAUUCUAUUGCUUCCUCCUCUAAGGUUCAUCCCAACAGCAUCCACAUCUGUGCUGUAGUAGUGGAGUAUGAGACAAAGACUGGCCGCACCAACAAGGGUGUUGCCACCAACUGGCUGAAAAACAAACUGGUCACAGACAACGGCCACAAGUCCACUGUUCCCAUGUACAUCCGCAAGUCCCAGUUCCGCCUGCCAUUCAAAGCCACCAACCCGGUCAUCAUGAUCGGCCCUGGGACGGGAAUCGCUCCCUUCAUGGGCUUCAUCCAGGAGAGGGGCUGGUUCAAAGAGCAAGGAAAGGAGGUUGGAGAGACGGCGAUGUUUUUUGGCUGCAGACAUAAGAACGAGGAUUACAUCUACCAGGAGGAGCUGGAGGAGGCGGAGAAGACUGGGGUUCUAACACAGCUUAAUGUGGCCUUCUCCAGAGACCAGGAUCAGAAGGUGUACGUGCAGCACCUCUUGAAGAAAAAUAAGGAGGACAUCUGGAAACUGAUUCACACAGAAAACGCUCAUAUCUACGUCUGCGGGGAUGCGAGGUACAUGGCUAAAGACGUGCAGACAGCCUUCCACGAGAUCGCAGAAGAGCUGGGAGGCAUGACGCGCACCCAAGCCACGGACUACAUCAAGAAACUCAUGACCAAGGGACGCUACUCACAAGACGUGUGGAGUUAAAGAGCCUCAGACUCUGCUUUAGUGUCACUACUCGAGUGGUUGUUUGAAAUUUUUAAAAUUUUUUACUCUAUGUCUUGUAUUAUCAGGACUGAAUAUAAAAACCAUUAAACACUUGUUCAUCACCCUGGUUCAUGAGAGCUUCAGGUAGCAUAAGAUGAUGAGGCAAACCCUACCUCGGCUGGUUGUGUUAAUUAAACCCGUUUGGUAAUUUCCCCAGCAUUACCUAUGUAUAAUAUGUUAGAUAUCAGGACCACCAGCCUGUGACUGCUGGGGUCCUUCAACAGUUACUUCAACUGGUUUCAGUCAGAGUCUCUGAUAUAAGUGAAUGAGUUUGUGGUAUUGAGUGUUUGACUGCAACUCAUGCUUCUUGCAGGUCAGAUGUAGGAACCCAUUUAUAUUGAAAUUCCAAAAUCAUGAAAGCUUACUUUAAAAUUGUGCAUAUAAAGUUUUGAUUGAAUUCAUUAGUAUGUAAAUGAGUCAUCGUUGUGGCUGUGCAGCUUCAUAAAAGGAUGAUGACUCUGAGUGGAAAGUAAAUCUGUUCAGUGUGUUCAGACACUGCUUCAGAUGUACAUCAUAUAACCCCAAUGUGGACAUGCAGAUUAAAAAUAAAAAGGUAUAAAUCACAUUCAAUUUGAUUGUAGAGCUGAAAACAAAGCAGACAACAUUGUGAUGUAUAAUUAAUUAUAAGAAGCGUUGCGGUUUCCAGUUCUAGAUUGUACAUUAAACGGUGCUUUCUUAAGUUCCUCUCAGAUGUGAUCAGGUACUGCUUUUGAAGUACUUAAAAUGCAUUUAAAUGUUUAAGAAACAUUAACAAAAAUCUUGGAGGAAAAUGUUGGUGUAUCUUGCAUCAUGCUGUAGGUUCUACCAUGUUUACCUCAAUGUUUUGACAAGGAAGUUUGCCUCUUAUGCAGAAGUUUCUGUUGUUUUUUUCUACUUAAACAGUAACCUCUUGAGAGGCAUAAAAGGUGAUGCAAAGGGGGGAGAUCAAUCUUGGAAAAAACACAAGCUCAUGUAUGUUCUGUCUCUCUGUCAUUUAAAUGAUGUAUCUGUAAACUGAUGUUUGUAAAAUGUUCACGCAUAUGAAAUGUCUGAGGGUUGUUUAUUUUAUGCAUCCGUCAGCAGAGGAUUAUGAACUGUCAUGCAGCAGUAACACUUGGGACACAUGACACCCACCCCUGUCUGUUGUUUUUUUUUUUUUUUUUUGUUAAAUCUUACCUUGUCCAAUUACAUAUGCAUUACUACUCUGAGAAAAUGACUAGUGUCUCAUAUCCCAGUACUUUAUAUUGUCCAAUUACAUAUGCAUCACUAUGUCUCAUAUCCCAGUAAGUGUGAAAAUGAAAGUUUGAGGAGCUCCGGAGACAAGUGACUAUGAAGCCUGUGCCUUUUUAACAAUGCCUUAUGUUUUGAGUUAGCAUUUAAACCAUGAUGCUUCACUGCCUUUUAACAGUUGUCUUUUUCUCAUCCUUACAUUUUAAUGAAAAGUAAUUUUACAUAGUUCUGUCACUUUUUUAUUCAUUCCACUUCAUUAUGUAAUAAUUCAAAUUUAUCAAGACAUGCCUUUUUAAAUGAAUAAAAUUGGAAUAAUCUGUAAA